AUGCUUUUUGUAUGGAUAGCAGCCAUUAUAGCCAUUGCUUGGCUGGUAUUGGGUCCAUCGUCCAACACCAAAGGCAGCGGGAAGCCUUUGCCUGGCCCACCAGGUAAGCCGUUGGUCGGAAACCUCUUUGAGAUCCCCCAAUACCACUCUUGGCUCAAGUUCAAAGACUGGGCCGACACGUACGGCCCGAUCUUCCGCCUCAAUCUCGCUGGACGGCAGCAUGUCGUCUUGUCGACCGAGAAGAUUGCCAACGAUCUCCUGCGCGAACGAGGCAGUUACUAUUCCUCACGCGAGUUUCUCCCCAUGGCAUCUGGAAUUGUCUCGCGCGAGAUGAGGCCAUUGCUUCUCCCAUAUAAUGAUCUAUGGCGUCGAGGCCGCAAGCUGAUGCAUCAGUUGACCAUGCCAGCCGCAGCUGACUCCUACCAAGCCGUCCAGGACUAUGAGUCCAAGAAGCUGCUCGUAUCGCUGCUCGAGACACCUGCCAACUACGACAAGUGGUUCGAGCUGUACGCCUCGGGGGUUGUUUUCAGAAUUGGAUUCGGCAAGUGGAUAGAAACGGGCGACGAGCCCGCUGUCAAGCGAAUUAUCCAAGUUGUCCAUAAUCUGGAGCGAGUCGCAUCACCUGGAGCCUACUUGGUUGACUCGAUGCCAUUCCUGAACAGCUUGCCAGAAGCGGUAGCCCCCUUCAAGAGGGAGGGGCGAAGGCUACAUGAGGAGGAACUGAGCCUCUUUAGAGAGCUUCAGUAUGAUGUGGGCCGCGCAUUGAAGAAGGGCUCUGACACCCAGUGUUUCACACGUACAUUCCUCGAGAACAAGGCCGGCUAUCAGCUUUCGGAUGACGAGGGGGCCUACGUGAUCGGCACCUUGUUCGAGGCUGGGAGCGGCACCACGGCUGCGGCUAUGAUGUCGUACUGUCUCGCCAUGUGCCACUUCCCAGAGUGGCAGAGAAAGAUGCAAGAUGAGCUUGAUGAACAGGUGGGUGACCGCAUGCCCGAGUUUGAGGAUAUACCGAAGCUCCCGACGGUGCGUGCCGUUAUCAAGGAGGUGCUGCGGUGGCGCCCUGUCACAGCAGGUGGGUUUCCUCACCAGCUGACCAAGGACGACGAGUACGAGGGGUUUUCCUUCAAAAAGGGGACUAUAUUCCAUCCCAACCAAUGGGCUAUCCACCGAGACCCGGCACUGUACCCUGACCCUGACAACUUCAGACCGGACAGAUGGCUGGACCCAAAGUUCCCAACCACUUACAAAGAACCGCUGUCCAAGUUCCCCAACCUGCAGAACUAUAGCUGUUUUGGAUUCGGGCGGCGGAUCUGUCCAGGACAGAACAUCGCCGAGCGGUCUCUUCACAUCUUGACGGCUCGGGUCGCCUGGGCUGGCAGCGUUGUGAAGAAGAGGGACGCGAACGGAGCGGAGCUGCCGGUGCCGCUUUAUGACUACGCCAUAGGGUUCAACACCCAACCGGAACACUUUGACUUUGACGUGGUUCCACGUUCACAGGCGAGACAUACGGUCAUUAAAGAAUAUCUGAAGGAAGCAAGGUCUAAACGGCCAGCGUAA